AUGCCGUCAACGCAGGAAAAUCCAGCCACGACGACGACGACGGCGUCCGAGGCCGACCAGCAGCAGCAGCAGCAACCCUCCUUCUCCAUCGACGCGCACAAGGCCGCUAUCCGCGCGCGCAUCUGGACCAAGCUGCGCGACGUGGCGCUACCGGACUCACGCUUCGACUACGACUUCUCGUCCUUCAUCGCCGACUUUUCCGGGUCGUCGGCGGCCACCGACUUGCUGCUGGCGGAGCCGUGGUGGCGGGCGGCGCGGCUGGUCUUCAUCACGCCGGACAACUGCCUCGAGGAGCUGCGGGCGCGGGCGCUGGCGCAGGGCAAGACGGUGCUGGCGACGACGUACGCGAUACGGCGGGGGUUCGUGGUCGUGGGGCCCGAGGACGUGGAGAGGGAUGGGAGGGGGCCCUGGUACGCGGCGACGCUGGAUGGGAUGGAGAAGGUGGGCAGGCGGGUGGGGUUGGAGGAGAUUAUGGGGCAGCGGUGGAAGGUGGAUGUCAUGGUGACGGGGACGGGGGCGGUGGGGGAUUCCGGCGUUAGGUUUGGGAAGGGCCACGGCUUUUUCGACCUCGAGUGGGCGAUGCUGUACUCGGUCGGCGCGGUGGAUAUGGGGGCCACGACGGUGGUGGGCGUCGUGCACGACUGCCAGGUUGUGGGGAGGGAUGAGGUGGAGCUGCGACCGGAUGUGUUCGAUACGGUCUGUGAUGUCGUUGUUACGCCGACGAGGGUGAUGAGGGUGGAGGCUGCGGUGAAGCCGGCUGUGGGGAUUUUGUGGGAGAGGUUGGCGGCGGGGAUGGAGGAGAGUAUACCGCCGUUAAGGGAGUUGAGGGAGAUGCAGAGGAGGGAGGGAAAGGAGAGUACGGUGGAGCUUAGGCGUGGUUAA